CUCCUGCACAUUGGUCAACAGCAUACAGCUUUAGCCGGCCGUCGAUCGUCGAUCACAUUGAACCAUGAAAGCCUUUGUGCCGUCGGCGCUGUUUCUCGUCGCCCUUCACUUGAUUUCGGCCACCGUCCGAGCAGGCGGGCUGCCGGUCGAAGCGUACGGGCUGUCGUUCCAGUACUACCAGGAGAGUUGCCCCAAUUUUGAGGCCAUCGUGAGCAGGAAAGUGAAAGAAUGGAUUAAGAAGGACUAUACUUUGGCACCAGCCCUGAUGAGGUUGCAUUUCCACGACUGCGUCGUCAGGGGAUGCGACGCGUCGAUACUAUUGAACUACCCAGGGAGCGAGAGGAGCGCCGCGGAGAGCAAGACUCUCAGGGGGUUCGAGGUGAUCAACGACAUAAAGGCGGCGCUUGAGAAGAGCUGCCCGAAGAUGGCAUCGUGCGCUGACAUCCUGACCUCGGCCGCGAGGGACGCCACCGUGUUGGCCGGCGGGCCGUUCUGGAUGGUCCCGUACGGGCGCAAGGACGGGAGGGUCUCCGUCGCCAAGGAGGCCAGCAAGGUGCCGGUUGGCCACGAGAACGUCACGUCUCUCCUCCAGCUUUUCCAAUCCCAAGGAUUGAAUGUCCUUGACUUGGUUGUUCUCUCAGGCGCGCACACGAUAGGGCGAAGCACCUGCGGGUCCAUCCAAUCGCGGCUCUACAACUACAAGUCCACCGGAAAACCCGACCCGACCCUCAACCGGGAGUACGGGAACUACCUGAAGCGGAAGUGCCGGUGGGCGUCGGAGUACGUGUACCUCGACGGGAGGACCCCGAAAACCUUCGACAACAUGUACUACAAGAACUUGCAGAAGAAGAUGGGCCUCCUCUCCACCGACCAGUACCUCAACUCCGACUCCCGGACCGGGCCGCUCGUGUCGGCGCUCGCCACCCAGCCCGAGCUCUUCAACUACCAGUUCGGCGUCUCCAUGGCCAAGCUCGGCAACGUCCAGGUGCUCACCGGCGACGAAGGCGAGGUCCGCACCAACUGCAACGCCGUCAACCGCUACUGAUCUUUUAUUUUUUAUUCCCCCGAUUUAUUCGGAUUUGUCUAUUUUCAUUUCGUUUUCCUACGUCGAAAGCGCUGAUAUUUUGCCUUGCGACUGUUGUUUGAGAAGAAUCGGAGAGUAUAAAAUUCAGCUUGGGUUAUGAA